CGGAGACGUCAUUUCAACGAUUGAUUUUCUGAAGUUUGUUUGCGUUUUUCCGCGAAGAUAUACACAGUUUUUCCAGUAACUACAUUGCUAAAUAUGUGUAAAUAAUCUUAAGCAGAUAUUGAAUAAUGUAAAAUAACCAUGAACGUGCUUGAAAGGGCCGAAAAGGCCUUAGAAUACUUGAAAUCCGUCGAAGGCUCUACGAAGACUCAUGAACUCCAGGCGGCAGCUGGAACGCUGGGCCGGUGUCUCGGCGCGUUAGGAAGUCGACAAAACUGCGCUAGACAUUACGGAAAUCUUCUGCACUCUGCCAUACCGACAUUAUUGGCUCUGGCAAGCAACGAUAGUGCGGAAAUUCGACUGGUGGGUGAUGAAGCCUUGAACAGAGCUGUGGUGGGGGGAUUUGCAUUCCACUCCCACAAAACUAAUAUUAUCCUACAGAAUCAAAUCGAUCACACCAAAAACGCCAGAUGGAUCCGAGCAGCUCUCACGAGAAUCCUCCUCGGAGAAAGCUGGCUGCGUCCGGGUGUAGGCAAGAUCAGGAUGCAAGCUCAGCUCCUGUUCCCAAAACUCAGUCAGAUUGUACGGAGUACAAGCGAAAUACAGCUUACGCUGGAGGCCUUAGAGAGCAAUUUGGAUCGGAUACUGUCUGCUCUGGUUGUUUAUACUACAGAUGAGGAAAUUGCUGAGUUAUGCUCUGCUCUGCUCACUCACGCGGAGAGCACGGAAGCGGGCGUACGACGGCCAGCAGCCGCGUGUGUCGCAAUGUUGUGCUCGCAUAAGGACUCGGUGCUGGCUGAGGUGUGCUCCGCCGUGUUCAAGAAGCUGUGGCCGUCUACGACCGAUAACACGGUGAUUUUGGCGUGGUUCUGCGUGAUCAAGGCGUUGUUUCAGACGAAUGAAGUGUCCAAAUUCGCGGACAGUGACGUGUUUACGGUGCAGGAUUAUUUGCAGCUCUACUACCUAUGUAUCCACUACAUAGAGCGUACCACAACGGAACAUAACAUCCAAAACACAGUACUCGAAUGCCUCAGCACCCUCCUGUCGCAAGCCAGAGGGGAAUACAGGAAAGCCCUGUUGGAGAGGCAUCCGAGGAAAGUGUCCUUAGACCACAGGGAGGAGAAACGACAUAGGAGGAAUAUUAGUAAUGCAAGCAUAUCGUCUCGAGCGACGAUGGGUCCGCUAUCAGAACGUGAUUCAGAUCUGCUGUUCAACGGAGCCCUACAUUUGACUACACCCAGCCUUAGUGUUGAGGACCUUACCAUUCAGACGCCAGACUCUCCGGCGAGCGAAAUGGACUUGGAAGAGAACACAGAGCACUUGUCCAAAGAGCUUCUAAGUUACCACAAGAACCUGACCGAGAAGCUUCAGGAAAUCGAGGAGUCGGAGACGAGAGAAGAAGACCAUGUUGACCAUGGAGGUUUUGAGAGUGGAGUUAAGGUAAAUAUAGGAGCGGCAACGGACGAUGACAUUCCGCUGAAGUAUCUUGCCCGGUUGCUAGCUUCAAAGUUUCUUCUCACUGCCAACAAGGGAAGUGUAAUUCCUGACAGGGUUAUUCGAGUAUCGGUAAAAUCAUCAGCACUGAACUGCAUGUCCGAGAUACUCCAAUUGUACCCACAAGCCAUCACCGUCUAUCUGGACAAAGAUGCGGAUGCCAAGUCACACAAUAUCUCCGGCUCAUCAGAAGGAACAGAUUACAACCAAGACCACAUAAACGACUUCAUCCUAGAACGCAACGUCUGCUACCAAGACUCACUAACAGACUCCCUAACCCAAGACCUCCUGAACCGGAGCAUGGACAGCCACACGCCAUCACAACAAUUGUCCAAAAAAGACAGCAAAUCUCUAGAAAAAUCUAUGGACAGUGUCGAACAAAAGAGCUCCUCGAAAGACGUCCAAAGCAACAUCUUGGACAGUAAAGUUUACACCAAAGAAUUAAUCGCUAGUGCAAUGACGGAUAGCACUAACCCUAAUAUGACUAACAGUAAUUUCACUACAAACUCCAAUAUGUCUUGCAGUAACGACCCUACUACAGGCUACCCGAUGUCAAGCAGCGGUGACAUAUUAUCUUCGAGCAUAGAUUUAGACAUGAAAUUCGAUCAUUUCGGUGAAUCUACUACCAAUUUGGAAAACCUAGAUGCAUUUAAAAGGGAAGAAAAGAAACGGGCUUUGAAGAGGACCGAUGAAGUCCAGAGCAAAGAUGCUCCGAUUAUGGAAAUAAGUGAAGAUGGAAAUUUCGAGUUUCAGCACAUGUCGGAUGUUUUUGUUCUUUUUGAAGAACAUUCGGACCCUCAAAUAAGGGGGUUGGUGAGAGUGUGUAUAGGGAAUUAUUUGAGUGCGGCGUUAGAACUUUCACAUGGGGAUUACAAUAGGUGGAGGAAUGUCAGUGCUUUGCCGAAGGAAGUUAGUGAUAAUAUCAGUGCUGAAAAGCUGGUGAAGAUCAUUUUAAAGGGUUUAACCGACGAAAUACACUCAGCAGUGAACCACACGCUCUCGGCCCUAACGAAGACCGUUAUCGCAUUGAGCGACGCGUCAUCCUGGCCUCUCCUGUGGGAUUGUAUCAACUCUCUCAUUUAUGUCGAGAGUAACAAGUAUUGGCUUUGCAGAGUUAAUUUGUGUAAGCUGUAUGAGAAGCUACCGUAUCAGAAGUUAUUUUUACUGUACCCUGGUUUCCACGCAAAAAGUAAAAUAAUCGUGGAUACACUAUUUCGCCUUCUGGCCGACGAAGACCAGAGGGUGAGGCAGGCAGCUGCCCAAACUAUAACCAACAUAAUACCAAAAAUCUUCAUCUCAAAACGGCACACCCCUACCACAAUGCUCGCGCAACUGACCAAAGAGCAGAGCCAACUGUUCACCUUCAACCGGCCUGGGUUGUCACUAGACCUGGUCAAGGAUAUGUACUUCUACUUCGAUCUGCCUGAGGAACUGAGAAGUGGAGAUAUGUUGAAGGGUGGGAGUUUGAGGGCCGUUGUGGGCGAUGUUAUGUGGCGGUUGGUCGGAUGCAAUUGUAAAUUCUAUUCGCAAGGGCUACUAGAAUGCUUACAAGCCAUAUGCAAGAAGUGGUUGCCAUGGAAACACAAGGAGGCAUAUUCGGACCAAGGCAUCUUGAGCUACUGCCUCGAUAAUCUGGACUACUGCAAUGGAAGUGUGGCUAGGAGGACGUUGCUUCUUGAUAUUUGCAGGCUGGUUUAUCCAGUGGAAAUCCACAACAUAAUGUGCAAGAAAGCAACCACAGACAUAUUCGAACGCGACUCCCAAACUAAAGAAAAAUGGCAACAUUUAGACGACGAACGAGUUUCGAGCUCAGCGGAGAAGUUUCUGCAAGUGACGUUGAAAAUGCUAAACGUGCUGGUGCACUUGAUUGAGGAUGUUAACCCUAAUGUGCAUUUGAAUAAGAGUGGUAUUGCGCUACCGGGAAGCCCGGUUAGGAGGAAAAGUACAGAACCUCAACCCCGUCGCGGCAGUGUCCCAGACGGCGCAGACGACAAAAACAUGCGCAAGCGACUCCCCACACCCGCCACCAGCAUGCGACCGACUUUCGCGGGACACUUCUACACCGAACCCUUCUAUAUGAAGCUGUAUGACAAUCUGAGAGCUACGUACUCUAACCAUAAGAUAAACCUCGACCCAAAAAGCAGUAUGUUCUACGAAUUCCUAACAACAGUGCUCAAUUGCCUGGCUAUACAACUGGAACUUUCCACUGAACGCGAAUUUGGUUCAGUCACAGAAGAGCUACUCUACUACCUCAAAGUGAUAAUGCCUCUGCGUUCCGACACGACUGUGUAUUGCAUAACACAGCUAUUAAAAUGCUUAUUUGGUACUAACAUGAUAACGGAAUAUAAUGAUUUCAUGACUAUAGAAGCUUUCCCAAAGUGUGAAGAAAAAAUUGCAUUCUACGAUGAUGUUAUGUUGAUUAAUUCCUUAAGUCCUAUUGAGAGUGAAUCUAGAAGGAACAGUAUAUGUUCGAAUUCUAGUCAGAAACUUACAUUAGAUAGUAAAAAUCCGGUGAUGAUGGAAGAGCGAAAAAUGUUGAUAGCUAUGGAGAAUUUCUCUAAGAAUAAAAUGGAUAGGAAGUGGAGUACGAAUAAAAAGGAGUUGGAGAGAUAUAUUCGGUUGUUUGAACCGGUUGUGAUACAAGCUUUAAAGAGCUAUACGAUGCAAAACGACAUACCACUCCAAUGUCGCGUGUUAAGCCUUCUAAGCCAGCUGCUAACUCUGAGAGUCAACUACUGCAUGCUUGACAGUGAGCAGAUCUUCAUUGCGUUCCUUAUCAAGCAACUUGAAUAUGUGGAACAACAUGAGAUACCUAAUUGCUGUGAUCUAGUCCAUAGUAUACUGAUGUUCUUAGUUCAACUGUCUUCCUCGAAACACCACACAAAGCAAAUAAUAGAAAUUCCUAAGCUAAUACAACUAUGCGACGGUCUAAUGGCAUCUGGCAAUCACUUGGAGUGUAUAGCCGGUUUGGAGCCAGUUAUCGUCAAAAUUUUCAGCAACAUGGGUGGUGGUAGUGUAUUGGGAAGGCAGCAACAACAAGAAGCGCAGGCUACAAGGGAAGUCCUGUUUUCAAUGUUGCAAAAAACUAUGGACCGACAAAAGGUCCUAGAACUAGUAUCCUGCGUCCUCUGUCUCUCCCAAGACCACCCAGAAAGCUACUACCUCUGGUCAGAACUCGCCUGUAACACCCUUCUAAACUUGCUGGCCAGCGCGUCCAUCGAGCUGGACAGCCGGCAUGCCAUCGCGGCGCUGGAGAGGCUGAUAGAGUCCGUGUAUAAAGACGUGCUGCUGGAGCAGGGCAGGGUCGAGAUGCUGCUCAAGAUAUUGUUCAAGGCGCCUGAACAGACAUCGUCGCCCCGCAAACUGAAAAUCCGCUACCUCGCCAUAACAAUGGUCAUCCUGCGAAAAAUACUCGUUCUAAUACCAGAGAGCGAAAUACUACUAUCAAUAAACUACCUCAAAUCGUCCCAUAUUUCACCUCAAUCUAUAUUUUUCAACGUCAAACCUGACGUGGACCCGCUAAACGUCCAAAAUGUCAACGAGAACUGCGCCAAUUUGUCACCAGAUGUCAUUCUAGUCAGGUUCUUGUUCAAAACUUUGACGUUUGCUAUAACUGAGGUGGAUAAUUGCCAUGAUGCGAUUGAGUUUGGCGAUGAAGAGGGUCAGAAUGGCUUGCUGUAUGCGGUGUGCGUGAAUAUUAUUGUGCAAGUAAAGCAUAUGCUGCAUUUAACAAGUGGCUGCCUCUUCCCCCUAACAGCCAAGACCGCGCAAAGCAUCCUGCACAACGAGCAGAGCGGCCUCAACACCGGCCUGUACAGUCCCGACGAGAAUAUACCGCUGGACCUGCUCAACCUGAUAUGCCUGCGCGCCGCGCACAGGACGCCGCUGCUGACUGUACACUGGUCGCACUUGUUGAUAAGGCUAAACUUCCUAUCUCACAAAUACUGGCAGAAAUUGAUCGGGUUCGCCCGCGAUCUUCCAUUGGGAGGUGGCGAUACCCGGCCAUCGCCAGCGAACGCGCUUCAAACCGCUUGCGUUCUAGCGUACUGCGAAUACUUUGUAGAGAACGGUCUCUCGGAAGCGGUUCACCUGACAUGGCUACUUGUGAACCGAGUGCAGAUCCUAGCCACACAGUACGCUGAACGCGUGGUGCAAAGCUUAGUGUUGAAAGUACAGGAGAACGCUGGUGCUUCUAGCUUGCUCUUGCAAUGUGUGGCGGCGCGAUGUCAGGGCUGUUUAAAGGACGAAUUCGCUCUAAACAUAUACAAAAUGCUAUCGCUAUGCCACGAAACUCAGUCCGGGGCUCUAGUGUUUCUCAUCUGUCGUAUUAUCGGCAAAUUGGAGCCCGCUGUUGCUAUUCGGUUCGCAAACCUGGCAAUAGAGAGAUGCAGACUUCUGAAAGACAUGUCCGUGGAAGAUAUAAACGUGCAGCUGACUAAAGAGGACGUUCAAGUGGCUUUGGAGAUGCUGCAGAGGGAGAAAGUCCAUGUUCGAUACUCUUCGUUAGUAAUGGAACUAAAUUCUCUGGCGUCAACGGUGUUCGACUUGUCCCCACUGGACCUGUCCCAAGACCGAGCCAUCAACCCGCAGUACGUCGUCACCACGAACGUGGACGACCACUGGCUCGCCAACCAGGUUAAAGCCAGAUGCUGUCAAACCAACUGCGCUUUACCGAAGAUAUCCAAGCAAAAGGAGCUCGCUUCGCUACUACUAAAUCUGUCAAAAGACGAGCUGUCAACUGUCAUCGCGUGCCCAGAAUUUGACAGGAAACUGCUUAGCACCUUCUUCAAACUGAUCUGUGAUAAUUAUCUGAAAGAGUUUUUGGACGUGGCGUCUGCCUGCGAACGCAAAGAGUUAGAGCGAGACAACAUCAGAGAACAGAGAGAGAUGAUAAAAUUACAUGAAGAAAUGAUAUCAUCCAUGGAUAGUAAUAAAUUGAAUGUAGUCAACAGCUUACAAGUUUUCAAAAAGAGUGACAAAGAGUCAAAAUCACAAUUUUUUAUACCGGUUAAUGAAAAGGAGAAAUUCGGAAAUUUAGAAUUGACCGAUGAAGACACAGAAUUGAUUCCUCCACAGAUGUCUGAUUUAUAUGAAGUCGCUAUAACCACCUUUGACAAAAGUCUAUCUGAAAUAAUAAGGCUAUUUCCUAAGCAAAACCGGCCUUUAAGCCAAUCUGAAAACUUUAACCUAACUGUAGAACAAACAAUAGAUAAAUAUACAAGAAGAUGCCAUCAAGUGUUCCAAGACAAAUUAUUCUAUCAAGAAUUCAUUACAGUCCAAACGAUUUUAAAAGGAUUCCUAGAAUCCAUGCAAAGGACUUUGACUCUUAUAGACGAUACUGACUGCGACUUAUUAGAGAAAUGUAUAGAGAGGGUACUACCAGGAUCUUUAGCGAAGAACAUAGCGAUUUUUUCUGUGAUAUCUUUACAGUAUUUGACGUUUUUGAUAAAGAAUAAAAAACUUGUAGAGAGUCCGGUGCAUACUGAUGUAUCAUUCAGAGCUAAUGUCACUGUGACAGAUGACGUUGUAGUUGACAAUGUCAUAGUUUUGACAAUUGACAAUGUGGCGGAGGCAUUGGGCUGUAAGGAGAUAUGGAGCGGGUUAAAUUUUGACAGCAAUGUCAAUCGGACGCAGUCUGCGAUCAGCUGUUUGUACGCGAUUGUGAAGUAUCUAGUCAAGGACACCAAACCAAUAACACUAAAUAAAUACAUGACGACAGACGAAGACCCUAAACCAGACAUAAUCAUCAUAGGAGACAAACUGGUCACCCUCAUAGAGUACUGGGAAUCGAACUUGUGUACCGACGGUGCGAGCGAAGUGCUCGGCAAAUGCUAUAGGAGACCUAUUGAGAAACUACUUGUCAGCCUGGCGAGACUGGACAUAGUAAGCAACAUGGCGCUCAUACCACCCAUAGCCUGGUCUUCCGUAGAAGUGGUCUCCAAGAAGGACCAGCUCCAGAAGAUCGAUCUGCCGCUCCAGGCCUUCCAGGAUAUGGACGUUUUAGAAGCCUUUUUGUUCAGGGUAAACCUAAUCGGGUGGUCAUCAAAGAAGCAGUUCGAAGAAAUUUGGGUGGUUCUCCUCGGCGCGCUGCAGGGCAACGGCGGGCAUUGGGCCGUGCGGGGGAUAACACAGUUGCUGACAGGCGCUAGGUGCGCUAGACACGUGCCUAGAGACCUAGGCAGGACUAGUCGGGGAAUCCAUCGACUGCGCAACAUUCUAGUCGGCACUUCCUUCCUCUCUCAACUGGACAACAUCAACUUGGAACGGAUCCCGCUUUUGAACGAUGACGCGCCGAGCUACCAUUGUGCUGAAUACAAUGCAGAUUACCUCAAACUGGCUGCGGACAUCACAGACUACGCGCCAUACUUCGUAAGAAAAGAAGUGAAGCGAGCAAGAAAGAACAGAGACGUCGACGUGAACAGCUGUUUGCAGCUUCUGAUGGAUGUUACUUCUCAAAUGCUAGAUCCUAAGGCACCAACAGGCUUAGCGACCCGCCUAGCCCUACUGACCAGCCUAAUCUACUGCAGCGACGUAUACAGCGACGCGUCUCAGUGGCGGUGCGGCGCCGCGCAGCUCAUAGCCCUGAGCGGGGCGCGGGGCGAUAUUACCCAGUACAGUGCGGCCGGGAGAGCUCUACUCGCCGCCAUGCAACGGGCGUUGUGUGUGGAGAGGCAUGACACGCAGGAACUCCAAACAGUCCACCAGAAGCUCCUAAAAUCCCUGACCUCCCCGUACGCCCCGCUGCGUCAGGCGGCGCUGCAGGGGUGCCUGCUGCAGCUCAGCGGCUCGCGGCGGGUCGUGGCCGCGCCGUCGCCCUACCAGGAGCUGGUGACCCAACUGGCGCACCACGUACGGACUCAUCUGCCACAUGACACCAGAUUGUCCCUGUACGAACAGAGCCUCUACUGGGCCGUCCUGUUCACACUGAUAGAGCUCGGACAUCCGGACCUCAUAAAUAUCGCUGUGGAUUUCGUGCUAGCCAAGCCUAGGCAUUACUGCAUAGAUCUAGUUGUCAAGGGCAUCUCAAACACAAUCCGACAGCAGGUGUUGCCAAAAGAGCUGAAAAACACUGUGAUAGAGAAAUUGACGGAAAAUACCAAGAAAUAUUCGGAGCGGCACGCCCUGAUGAUUCUGAUGGUGCAUCUGUUCUCGGCCGACAACAAACUUCUAAGCCCAAAACUGACCUCGGACGUGUCGAACAUGGACCCAGACAUCCUAAUGAACUCAAUGGAACGCAUAACCCUCCUCUACAAACUCCUACGUAAAUCCGAAACGCCAGAGACCAAGCAAAUAAUAACGAACGCACUUAAAUACUUCUUGAGAGAGACGCUGCCGCCCGCGGCGACGCUGAGUCGAGUUGUGAUCGAGUUUCUCGAGACUUGUAAGGAGAGCGAGAGGGAGAAGAUGGCGGUGCUUAGUGAGAGGGAGAGGGGGAUAGAGAGUGCGGUGUUGAAUGCUGAAGUUGUUUUUGAGGUAUUCGAGACAUCAGUAACCCAAGACCAGCUCCCGGUCCUGAGCGGCUGGAUCUUCGAGGCGCUCUGCCAUCUCCUCCACGGCAAAAUAUCCCCAAACCUCCUCCCCUACACUUUACUAACACUCCUCGUCUCCGCUUCGUCCACCAAACACAUACGCAAAAUCAUUCCUCUAUGCUACUACAUAUUAAGGCUAGGUUUCCACAGAUGUGCUGAUGUGGAUUUUGGGUAUUUUACUGAUUUUGUAAAGUGUAAGGAGGGGAUGAGUUUUAAUGAUAGGAGGUUGCUGUGUGUGGUGGCGAAGCAUUCUGGUUUUAGUGGUGGGCAGUUGGAGAGGUUGAAAGAGCUUUGUAGUAGCAAUGAUUGUUUGAGUGAUGUUAUGAUGUGUUUGGAUGCUUAAAGAACCGAAUUUGCAUCGUGUAUGUUUAAGUAUUUUACGUCAAAAAUAGGACAGUGACGUAGGAAGUGGUGAUUAUUGAUAAUGUUCUACAAUUUCUUGUCGGACUAUACACAGUGACGUCUUUUAUCAGUUUUUGUCAUACAUUUUGCUGAUUCAACAACUUUCGAACAGUGGUGUGACCGAACCUUAUCUGUUUUAUUUAACUAAAUUAACUACUAACGACUAAAUAGUGUUUAAAGUUUAUAAAAUACAUAUGUAUGUUAGUCUGUAAGGUAUUUGUAAGGGCCUUGUCGCCUGAAUUAAAUUUCUAAAUAAAAUAAAUUAACGCAUGCGACUUAUAGUCAAGAAAAUGUAGAAAAUUAUUGAGGGCGCCACUUCCUACAUAACUGUCACAUUUUUGACGUGAAAUGCUUAAACAUGGCAAUAUUUUAGUAUGGAUUUUUUUAGUUCCAUUUUAUUUAAUUUCUACUAUUUUAUGUCGCACUAUUCACACUGAUAAUAAACCUUUGGUCAAAGAGACAUGGAUGUAAAACCGCAAUAAUAUGUCAUUUUACUAGCAAUUCAGCAAUAUGGUUCUCAGAUUUAUUUAUAUCAAUAGUUUAAAAACUACCGUGUGCACUUUUAUAUUUAGAAUUUUAAUGCAAUGUGAUUUUCGAGAUGAUACUUAUAUUAUAAUUAUUUGUAUACCACGUAGAUAUUGUUUACUUUUGUUCGGUUAUUUUAAACAAUUGUUAACUUCUGCGUUUUUAAUUAUUGUUACUACCAUAUACAUCGCAUAUGGAAAUAUAUUCGUGAAUAAAAUAAUUUCAUUCAUUCAUAAAAAGGUGCCGAAACGUAGGGGUAAAUCGAAAAUAUACAUACCUUUUUUUUAACACAUUCAUUGCCACUAAGUGCUACGGGAUACGCUCGUAGCGCGUAGCCACGGUUUCGCUGUAUCUACAUACGGUGAAACCGUAUAGCGGCGUAGUCGCCACGAACAGUGUACCCGACAGUCGGGUUCUUGGCCCUGAAUGUGAAAAUACCUAUACAUAGUGUACAUGGUAAUAGUAAAAAUUAUAUUGAGUGAGGUUCUCAAAAUAGGAGUAAAUAGCAAAAAAAAGGUUGAAAAAAAAAGUUGAAAGAUAAAACACGUUACUAUGAAUGUAUUUGUCUGAAUACUCUGAACAUAGAUCAAUCUAAACGUUUUAAUGAAAUAUAUUUUUAAGAAUAUAAUGUUUACAUAAUUUUAACUUGCGUAAUGGCUUCCAAAGCGAUACAGAAAUGACGAGUAUAUUGUGAAAUUUUAAUCACCUCCUUUUUUAAGGCAAUUAUGUAGUUUUUUAUGAUUCGAAGGAUCAUAAUUAAUUCAAGAGAUUCACUCACACAAUUAUCACUACACCUUAUAAAACAAAGUACCCCACCGCGUCUGUCUGUUUGUGUGUAUGUAUGUUCGCGAUAAACUCAAAAACUACUGGACGAAUUUUCAUGCGAGUUUCACCCAUCAAUAGAGUGAUUCUUGAGGAAGGUUUAGGCGUAUAAUUAGUAGUUUAGUAGUAUUUGUUAAGGUUUUGUGUAACCCGUGCGAAGGCGGGGCGAGUCGCUAGUAUGCAAUAAGUUUGUAUGCUUGUAGUGACGCUGGUGAAUGAAAUGAGACAUAGUGUAGAACCCAUUCAUAGACACCCAAAAUACGAAACAUCCAGUUUUUGAAGGUAUUUGGAUGGUCCUGUAAAUAUAUUACCUAUGUAGGAUUAUCCGAUAUUUCAACUGGUACAGUCAGAAGCAAUAAUUGCUAAGCGGGCGAGUUGUUCAAAAUGAUCUUGAUGCGACAUUAUUGAUAAGAGAAUAAAAGCGCAUCAAGGUAAUUUUGAACACCUCGCCCGCUUAGCAACUUCUGCUGCUGACUGUACCUACUUCUAAGUUACAAAUCGGGGCGAUAUAUGCCUCGGGUAUUUUUCAUAUUUUCGAAAUUAUUUUCUUUCUAGCGAACCAUUUGUACAGUGAGCUGUAAAAUUGCAUGAACACAUUGUGAAAGGCAUCUAAAAGUGGCCAUGUACUUUUGCAACUGGGUGUACCUAUUUGUGUAAUAUCAUUAGUUUGAGCGCUUUGAUUUAGUUUUUUGUAAAGUUAUUUCACCUUAGCGCCACAUAUAAAUUUAAUAAAGAUAGUAUUUUCAUAAAGUAACAAAUUGGUUUAUUAAUUUGACUAAUCGAAACAUAGAUGGCGCUAGUUUAUCUUAGUGUAAGCAAUAAGGGGGAAUAACAACUAACUCCGAUCUCACCAGCUAUGCUUAUAUUGUAAAAUAGACUUUCGUGUAGUGGAAAUAAGUUGCAAACUCGAACGAAGAGAAAUGUGAGAUGGGAGCUUUUUAAAAUUAUUUUUGACAAGUCCUUUUUAGAGACGAGCACUGUAGUGUUAGUAGCCUUAACGUUGUAUAAUUGGUAUAUUUUAUAGGAAAUUAUGUUAUUUAUCAUCGCUUCAGCGAGAAGUAA